AUGAGUAGAUUACUAUCUAGAUUGUUAUCUAGGUCAGCUUUUCUUUCCAAUGUUGGAAUACCUAGGCAAAAUAAGAAUAAAAUAACAAAAGCUUUGUUUUAUGCAAUUAUGGUAGCUUCCAUCGGUUCACUACAAUUUGGAUAUCACUUAUCGGAACUAAAUGCACCUCAGCAGGUGCUUUCGUGUUCAGAAUUUGACAUACCCACGGAAGGUUAUCCGUAUGACCGAACGUGGUUAGGGAGAAGAGGAUAUAAACAAUGUAUACCAUUGAAUGACGAACAAAUUGGUAUCGUGACCUCUGUUUUUUGUAUUGGGGGUAUCUUAGGCUCCUAUUUUGCCACCAGUUUGGCCAAUAUUUAUGGUAGGAAGUUCUCAAGCCUAACUAAUUGUAUAUUGAACAUUAUCGGCUCUCUGAUAAUUUUCAAUUCGAAUAGUUAUAGGAGUUUGAUCAUUGGUAGAAUUCUCGUGGGAAUUUCGUGUGGGUCCCUGAUCGUAAUCAUACCGCUCUUCAUUAAAGAGGUUGCACCAAGUGGUUGGGAAGGUUUACUAGGAUCUAUGACUCAAAUUUGCAUCAGGUUAGGUGUCUUGUUGACACAAGGAGUGGCCCUCUGGCUAACUAAUUCCUAUCAUUGGAGAUGGAUUCUGUUUGGAAGCUUCCUUAUUGCACUGUUGAAUUUGACCAUGUGGUUUAUGGUUGGUGAAUCUCCAAAGUGGAUGUUAGCACAUGGAAGAGUUGUUGAUGCGAAGUUAUCUUUAUAUGAACUGCGUGGUGGCACUUUUGAUGAGGCUGCCCAAGAAAUACAGAAGUGGCAACAACAAAUAGAAUCUGGGGACCCAUUAAUUGAGCCAACCACUACAAACUCCAUUAGCGGUUCAAACUCAUUGUGGAAAUAUUUAAGGGAUAAAACAAAUAUCAAGCCUCGUCAUGUUAUCACCAUAUUACUAUUUGGACAACAAUUUUGCGGCAUAAAUUCCAUUGUGCUAUAUGGUACCAAGAUAAUUAGUCAACUGUAUCCUCAACAUGCUAUUAAGAUAAAUUUUUUCAUUAGCAUGGUGAAUGUAUUAGUAACUAUAUUAGUAUCUCUGCUGAUUCAUAAUCUCCCACGUAAACCGCUGUUGAUAACAUCCACAAUUUUAGUCUCUAUCACCUCUUUUGUGAUGGGAAUGGCGAUGAACCAUAAUAAAAUGAACCUUUUGAUAGUGUUUUCAUUUAUAUAUAUGGGUGUUUCCACAAUGGGAUUGAAUCCACUGCCUUUUAUCAUCAUGAGAGAGGUUUCGAAACCACAAGAUAUGGUUCUUGCCCAAAGAUACGGUACAAUUUGUAAUUGGAUAGGAACUUUUAUUAUUGCAUACACUUUCCCUAUUGUUCACGAUAUCCUGUCAGGUUAUGUUUUUAUCACAUUUGCUAUCAUAGCCUGUUUAAUAAGUGCGUUUAUCUGGAAGAAGGUUCCAGAGACGAAGGGUUACAAAACUGGUUAUAAUCAAGUGUGGGCCAAUUAUUGA